AUAAUGAAGCUAACCCUAAGUUGCUACAAGCUGUGGAGGAGGACCUGUCACAAGAAUUUGAAGAGGUCCCUAUUCAGCCAAAGAAAAGAAAGCCAAUCAAAUAUUCCCCAAGGAAAACAAUGGCUCCAACAGGGGCAUUGGAGUUGGCCAAACUGAAGGAACAAGCCAAGAUGGAUCGACAGAAGAUUGAACACCUUGAGGAGCGCAUUAAUUACCUGGAGGAGGCCAACAAGGACCUGAAAGCCGACAAGGACUUCCUACUCUCCCAAAUUAAGGAAGUCCCCAGCACACUUGCAUCUUCUGGGAAAGGCAGAAAGACUGCUCCAGAACCUUCUUCAUCUUCGACUUCAACAUCGACAUCUCCCUCCUCAGACUCAAGCUUUUUAUCAUCCUCAGAAGAAGAGGAGAAGAAAAAGUCCAGGAAGAAGAAGUCCAAGAAAAAGACCCAGAAGUCAAAAAAACACUCUGGAUCAUACAGUCGUUCAAGAAGUAAGCAGAGAUAUUAUAUAGAUAUGAUAUUAUAACAGACUUUAUAAUCACCUUUAUAAUAAAGUUAAAGUUGACCGCUGCUUAACCUUUUAUGGAUUACAUUUGUAUGAA